AUGAGCAGCAACGCCCACGACGUGCCCUCGACAGACCCCAAGGUCUACGAUGAGUACAGAACAAGAUGGCCAGAGCUCCCAACCGACGAGGCCGGUUGGUUGCAGCGAUCUCAGGAGAUUGCAGACAUUCUUGCUCGAGAUGCCGCGCUACGUGAGAGAGAGAACAAGUCACCUCGGGCAGAGAUUGCGCUCCUCAAACAUUCUGGACUCUUGAAGGUCCUUGGCUGGAAGAAGUACGGUGGCGGCGAGCAGCCGUGGAGCGUUGGCUAUAAGGUUAUUCGCACGGUCGCGAAAGGGGAUGGUUCAAUUGGAAUGCUCCUGGGUUAUCACUUGCUCUGGUCAACUACAGCAAACGUCCUUGGAAACCCAGAGCAAGCAGACCGCUUUCAAGAUCUGAUUAUCUCUAACAAUUACUUUGUCGGAGGAGCAGUGAACCCUAGAGACAGUGAUCACAAGAUCACUUCGGACGGCGACAAGAUUGUCUUCAACGGUCUCAAACAUUUCAACACAGGCGGUGUCAUUUCCGAUUUGACAGUGCUCGAAGGUGUGCUGGAGGGCACAGAAGAUCACAUAUACGCUAUUGUGAAGACGGACCAGGCAGGGGUCAGAUUCCUCCAUAACUGGGAUAACGUCGGACUACGUCUCAGUGAAUCCGGAAGCGUCAUUAUUGAGAACGUCACUGCGCCUUGGGCUGACGCCUUGGGAUGGGAUGCUAGCAAAAAGAAGCCAGACCCCUCAAUUCUGAGCAUCCCAUUCGCGACUCUGCUUCUGCCGACGAUUCAAUUGGUUUUCAGCAACUUCUACAUUGGCAUCGCCUGGGGUGCUUUGAACUUUGCCUCGGCCUACACCAAACGGAACACACGUGCUUGGCCUUUUGGCGGUGAUAACAAGGAAAAGGCAGUGGAUGAGUUUUACAUUCUCUCAACCUACGGCAACUUCUUUGCCCAUCUUCGCGCCGCUGAAGCUUUGGCCGACAAGGCAGGUCUUGAGAUCGACAAACUGUACAGAAGCUCAGGAGACCCGUCAGAGAGGGCCAAUGUAACUGCGGAGGCUCGAGGAGAGGCGGCUGAGUGGGUUGCAAGCGUGAAGGUGACCGCAACAGACACAGGCUUGCGGGUGACAGCAGGCGUCUUUGAAGUCACCGGGGCCAGGGCUACCGCAACGAAAGUCGGCCUGGACAGGUUUUGGAGGGAUAUCCGUACACACAGUUUACACGACCCGGUGGCUUAUAAGAACCGGGAAUUGGGAAGGUAUCAGCUUCUAGGUGAGAUCCCCGAGCCUACCUGGUACACCUGA